AUGGGCAAUUUGCAGAUACUGAACAUGUUGCUAAUGAGCAAGGUGAACGUCGACUAUCAAGAUGCGAAAGGAAUGACAGCGCUGCAUUAUGCCGCUCUCAAAAACAGUCCGGAAGUGUGUCGAUUGCUUCUUCAGUACGGAGCCCGCGUGGACACCCAAAACAACGACGGAUACACAGCCCUGCACAUCGCCUGUCAACACGGGGACAAUGACACGCACCUGUUGUCUUUCCUACAGAUCAGCCUUCUGUUAUACUACCGAGCCGACCCUUUGAUUGUGAACAAAGAUAGCAAGACUGCAUUCGACCUCGCCUGCGAGUUCGGCCGUACGAGAGCGGCGAAACAGCUGAUCGGCGGUGGCAUAUGUCGCCGUGUCCUGCGCUCGACGAAAGAGAAUUCCGUAAGGGCGUUGCAUCUUGCGGCGAGGAACGGUCACGUGGACGUACUGAGAGCCUUGCUGGACGCCGGCUUCGAUUUGGACGGCCGAUACAUGGGUAGCACGGCACUUCAUGAGGCGGUCGCAUUCGGUCAAGUCGAGGCGACGCGGUUUCUACUGAAGUCGCAUUUGUCAAUGUCGUCUCCGUUGCAAAUGCCUGAAGUCGCUGUCAAAGGCGGCAAGCCUUGUUCCUCAUGUCAGCUCCAGAUUCGUACGCAGCAAAAGGGUGGUUUUAAAACUUUCGACGGCGUCAAUUCGAUCAGCGAUGCAUCGAGCAGCAAAGUGCACGGUAGCAACGUUUCUUUCCCUCCUUCCGGCGACGUGUUCUUCCUGACACGUCGAUGA